AUGAUUGGAAGCAGUUGGCUCUUAGUUAUGCUGGCGGCGGUCCAGUCCGUCGCGGCGGAAACACACGUUUUCAACUGGACCACCGGCUGGGGAAACUACAACGUGGAUGGAGGGGCCGAAAGACCCGUGAUCACGUGUAAUGGAGAGUUUCCAUGGCCCGACGUGCGCGUCAAGAAGGGCGACCAGGUCGAGGUGUACCUGAAGAACGGGUUCGACGACCGCAACACGUCGAUGCACUUCCAUGGGCUGUUCCAGAACGGGACCAACUCCAUGGACGGCCCUCCAAUGGUGGUGCAGUGCCCCAUCGGGCCUGGCGACACCUUCCUGUACAACUUCACGGUGGAUGACAACGUGGGCACGUACUGGUACCACUCGCACACUGCGGGCCAGUAUCAGGACGGUAUGCGCGGUGCGUUUGUGAUUGAAGACGAUGACUUUCCAUACGACUACGAUGAGGACGUCAUUCUGCAGUUGGGUGAAUGGUACCACGACACCACGGACGUACUAAAUCCCAAGUUCAUGAGUGUGUACAAUCCUACCGGCGCGGAACCUAUUCCCCAGAACCUUAUCAUGAACAACACCAGGAACAUGACGUGGGAGGUCCAGCCCGACACCACGUACUUGCUGCGUGUGAUCAACACCGGUGGCUUUGUGUCGCAGUACUUCUGGAUCGAGGACCACGAAUUCGACGUUGUUGAGGUGGACGGUAUCUACACCGAGAAGAACACAACCGACAUGAUCUAUAUCACUACGGCGCAGCGUUACACCUUAUUGCUGCACACCAAGAACGACACGUCGCGCAACUACGCUAUUAUGACCAAGUUCGACGACACCAUGUUGGACUUGCUGCCCAAGGACCUGCAGCUCAACAGUACCAACUACCUGAUUUACAACACGAGUGCAGACAAGCCAACAGAAAGCUACGUUGACGAACUCGCUCCCCUCGAUGACUUCUACUUGGUGCCCUACCAGAAGGAAGAAGCGUUGGGCGACCCAGACUACCGUGUCGUCGUGAAUGUUACCAUGGACAACUUGGUCAGUGGUAUCAACUACGCCUUUUUCAACAAUUUGACUUACACCGCGCCUGUCGUGCCAACUCUGUUCACCGUCUUGUCAGCCGAUGAAGACGAUGUGAAAAACCCAGAGAUCUACGGUAGCAACAUCAAUGCUUUCGUUUUGGACAAGGACGAGAUUGUCGAGAUUGUGCUGAACAACGAGGAUACAGGUACCCAUCCUUUCCACUUGCACGGACACGCUUUCCAGGUCAUGGUUAGAGACGUGACUUACGACGAUGCUCUUGGUGAGACCCCUCACGCUUAUGACGAAAACGACCACCCAGAUUUCCCAGAGUAUCCGAUGAUCAGAGACACUCUGUACGUCAGACCUCAGUCUAACUUCGUCAUUCGUUUUAAAGCCAAUAACCCGGGCGUUUGGAUGUUCCACUGCCACAUUGAAUGGCAUUUGACCCAAGGUUUGGCCAUCAUUUUGAUUGAGGACCCAGAAAGCAUCAAAGCUACCCAGUCUCAGCAGCUUUCUGAUAACCACAAGUCUGUUUGCGCCAACGUUGGCAUGGCCACGGAGGGAAACGCUGCCGGUAACACCGAUGACUUCUUCAACUUGAAGGGUGAGCCAAUCCAAGAGAAAUUCAUUCCUGACGGCUUCACAGCCAAGGGUAUCGUGGCCAUGACCUUUUCAUGUUUGGCCGGUGUGCUGGGUCUCAUCAUGAUCGCCAUAUAUGGUCUCAUGGACAUCAGCAACGUCGAGGAGAAGGUUAUCGACGAGUUGCACCUAGAUGCCGACAAGGUCGCCGCUGUCGACGUUGACGACGUUGACGACAUUGACAACGAUGAGACCUCUUCAAUCUCUGCUGCUAGGGAAGAAGUCGUGAACAAAUGA